CAAGGUAAAGGAAAACUUACUGUUGUCUAAAAAACAAAAAAAACAACAACUAUGCAGCAUUUGUUGUAAUUCGUAGAAUAAAUAAGAUGUCAAUUUCCCCACUGCGGGACAAAUUGAAUUGACUUUGAAUUGACUUAGGACUUAUCUUAUUACAUAAAAUGAGAAUUGGAGCAGAUGGAAUUAGGGGGAGGGUUUAAAUGACUGGAGUCAAGUGACUAGGAAGGUUUUAAAAAGCAGAGUAGUUGAGACUUCAGAGCACAAAGAAGAAAAUCCUGGACCUGUAGCCAUGGCUGAGUACAAGAUAGAAGUGUCAACAGGUGACAUGCAAGAUGCAGGAACAUGGGAUCAUGUAUUUCUGACCUUAUUUGGAAAUGAAGGACAGAGCGAGCGAACUGAUUUGGACAACUUUGGCUGGGACUUCACGACUGGGGCUACAGGGACUUACACCAUAAAAACCAGUUCAUCUCUGGGAAGACUUCUGCUGGUCAAGGUGGAAAAGGACCCUUGCUUUUUGUUCUCAGAUGAUGAUGAGUGGUACUGCUCCACAAUAGUGGCGACGACUCCAGAGGGAGAAGUCAUUCUUUUCCCCUGUCACAGGUGGAUCUCCAGGGGAGAAGAUGUGGAGCUGAGGGGAGGGAGAGCAAUGAAGGUGUUUGAGGAUGACCAUCCCCUGUGGAUUGAACAUCGAAAAAAAGAGCUGACAUUUAAAAAGAGCUUGUACCAAUGGAUGAUUGUGAAUGAAGGACUACCCCACAAAAUCAUUUUUGAUGAUGAAUACAAGUUCCCAGCUGAAAUCCGCUUUUCUAAGUCCAGAACAGCUGAGCUAUCUGAUACGAAGUUCAGAAUGGGGCUAGAAUUAAAGCUUAAAGGGAUGAUUGGCUCAAAGGAAAAAUGGGCAAGCAUUGACGACAUGAAAAAUGUCUUCUGGACCAAAAAGACGACAAUAUCAGAGUACCUUGAAGAGCACUGGAAGGAGGAUGACUUUUACGGAUACCAGUUUCUAAACGGAAACAACCCCAACAUGAUUAAGCGUUGCUCUGAGCUUCCUGAAAACUUUCCAGUCACACAGGAGAUGGUGAAGCCUUUUCUGGAAAAGGGAACCUCUCUGCAGGAGGAAAUGAAGAAAGGCAACAUAUUCAUCUUUGAUGAGAAGAAGAUGGAUGGAAUUCGCCCAAGAGAUAAUGAUGGAGAACCUAUGCCUGUGACUGCUGGUCUCUGUUUGUUCUACAUGAAUCCAGAAAACAAACUGAAACCAAUAGCAAUUCAGCUUCAUCAACAACCAUCUGAGCAGAAUCCCAUCUUUCUGCCGAGUGACACAGAGACAGACUGGCUACUUGCUAAGAUCUUUAUCAGAAAUGCAGAUGUAAUGGAUCAUGAGUCGACUCAUCACCUCAUGUGUACUCACUUUAUGGCUGAGGUUUAUGCUAUUGCCACUCUUCGCUGUUUCCCUGCGAUUCAUCCACUCUACAAGCUGCUGUUUCCACACUUCCGCUACACUCUCUUCUUAAACACAAGAGGUCGAAAACUUCUUCUUGGACCUGAAGGGUCUCUAACCAUGAGCUCACUUGGGUGUGAGGGGAUGAUAGAGCUCAUGAGAAGAACUCAUGCUGAAACAACCUACAGCUCCCUCUGCCUGCCAGAGAACAUCACUGCACGAGGACUGGAGUCUGUCCCCAACUUCUUCUACAGAGAUGAUGGACUCAAAGUGUGGAACAUCAUCAACACAUUUGUGAAGGCAGUGGUGGAGUUCUAUUAUCCCACACACAGUGAUGUCUGUAAAGACAGUGAGCUGCAGGAAUGGAUCAGUGAGAUAUUCACUCAUGGCUUCUUGGGUAACAAAGCGUCAGGAAUACCAGCAUGCUUUCAUUGUACAGAGGAUGUGAUCAGAUUCAUCACCAUGGUGAUCUUCACAUCGACGGCUCAACAUGCUGCAGUCAAUAACGGACAGUUCGACUACUUCUCUUGGAUGCCCAAUGGCGCAAUCCUGCUGCACAAACCUCCUCCAACCACUAAGGGGCAGUCAAGCAUGGAGACGAUUUUGGAGACCCUCCCAAAUAUUGGAGAUACUACCAAAAACAUGGCAAUGUUGUGGUUACUUUCAAAAAGCUAUGCGGAUUUUAUUCCCUUGGGUGCUUACCCCGAACAACGAUUUGAUGAGCCUGCCCUGAAGCAGAUGAUUAAGGAGUUUCAAGCAGAGUUGUCUUACCUCAGUGAAGAAAUAACGGCAAGAAACUCACAGCUGGAAGUGCCCUACACAUACCUGAACCCGACUGAGAUAGAAAACAGUAUCACUACUUAAGACAGAUGAAGAGAGCAAUCCUGGAUUGUUAAUUGAAUAAAUUCUGGGAGAUACUGUAUGGGUUUAUGAGUGGGAGCAUGCUGCAUGACAAGAUAAGCAGAGUGAGAGUUUCUGCUCUCAUAUCAGGUUUUUAAGAUUCAUGCUGUGAUGUGUCGAUCAGAUGACGUGAAUAAUCAAAAACAGUAAAUAAACUGAAUUUAAACCA